AUGUUACCCUUUUAUUUUAUUCUCAUUGGUUUAAUGAUUUUGAUGAUGUGUGGUUUUUUGCAGUCCCUAUUCCACUCAACAAGGGCUACAACGAAAGACUACUUUCUGGCUGGAAAGUCCAUGUUCUGGUUACCGGUUGGUGCAUCCUUGUUUGCUAGUAAUAUUGGAAGUGAACAUUUCAUUGGUCUUGCUGGGUCAGGGGCAGCUAGUGGCAUAGCAGUUGCAGCAUUUGAACUCAAUGCAUUAUUCCUGCUUCAGUGCCUUGGGUGGAUAUUCUUACCUGUGUACCUUGCUGCAGGUGUAUACACAAUGCCAGAGUACUUGCGUCGACGGUACGGCAGUAACAGGAUUCAGAUGUAUGUUGCUGUUUUAAGCUUGCUGUGGUACAUUCUCACUAAAAUAUCGGUUGAUCUGUACUCUGGUGCCUUGUUCAUUAAGGUUGCAUUUGGUUGGAAUAUCUAUGCAUCUGUUGGAAUCCUUCUACUUGUAAUUUCAAUUUUCACAGUUGCUGGUGGGCUGGCAGCUGUUAUUUAUACCGACACUUUACAAGCCUUUAUCAUGGUAAUAGGAGCAAUUGUGUUGGCAGUAAUUAGUUUUAACGAAAUCGGUGGAUAUAAGAACCUAGAGCCUCGGUACGCAAGAGCUGUACCAAAUGAAACAUUAUACGGGAACGACACGUGCGGUCUUCCCCGUGAUGACUACUUCCAUAUCUUCAGGGAUCCCUGGAAUUCGGAUAUGCCAUGGCUUGGGUUUUUCAUUGGUUCCCUUCCUGCAUCUUUACAAUACUGGGCAAUGGAUCAGGUGAUUGUUCAACGUGCCCUCUCUGCUAAGAAUCUUUCCAAUGCUCAAGGUGGUACACUGUUUGCUGGUUACCUCAAGAUUCUUCCCAUGUUUAUCAUCGUCAUGCCCGGAAUGAUCAGCAGGAUAUUGUUUCCAGAUAUAGUUGCUUGUGUUGACCCUGAUGUUUGUUAUGAAGUGUGUCAAAGUACAGUGUCAUGCUCAAAUAUUGCGUACCCUACGAUGGUUGUAAAACUUCUCCCCUCAGGUUUAACAGGACUUAUGCUUGCUGUUAUGUUGUCUGCUCUUGUCAGUUCCCUCACAUCAAUUUUUAACUGUUCAAGCACUAUUUUAACUCUGGAUAUCUGGCAGAAAUUUAGACCAAAUUCUACACAAAAAGAAAAAGUUCUUAUUGGACGAAUUUCUGUAGUUGUGAUGGUUGGAAUCAGCAUCUUACUCAUUCCUGUUGUGGCAUCAUCAAGCAAUGGAGAAUUAUUUUACUACAUACAAAAAAUAUCAAUAUACAUCCAGCCUCCAUUAACGGUUAUAUUCUGCCUAGGUAUCUUCUGGGAGCGGGCAUCUGAAACGGGGGCAUUCUAUGCGCUUAUAGCCAGCAACACUAUUUCUGUAAUUCGUGUGGUCCUAGAGCUGGUGUACCCUGAGCCAGCUUGUGGUGAACCAGACACUCGGCCUGAGAUAGUUGAGAUCCACUACUUCUACAUUGGAGCCAUUGUACUGGUGGUGGCGUUACUGGUGCAGGUUGGGCUGAGUUUUUUUACAACACCAAUGAACAAAGAUAAAUUACACAGACUGACAUGGUGGACCAGAUAUGAUGACCCAAGUAGGAGUGAUAUAUCACCUCUGAUGGACAAUCAAGAUACAGAGAUUGUAAGCUAUGGGUUAAGCAUUAUAUCCAGUACUGAGUCUGAAGAAAUAAGUACGCAGAUGACACCUGAAUUAGUGAUUGCAGAUCCAACUGACAUGACAACUGAGGAAACUGCAAAGACAAACAUAUUGAGGUUUGUGAAAUGGUUUUGUGGUAUAACGGAUGAAGUGGAAGUAGAAGAACCCAAUAAAGAAACAGCCACCGAUUUCCUGGAUCAAGAUCCGAGGCACAAACUAAUCUUGAACUCUGUACUUGUCGUUCUAUUAGCUGUUGGUAUCUUUUUAUAUGCAUACUAUGGUUGAUGAACACUGGACAGAUUCUUUAGUACAACUACAGUACGACAUUUUACGUAAAUUUUUCGUAAAUUGAAAUAUUUUUAAACUAGAUCAGGUGUAAAUACCUAGGAGUAACUAUCCCUGCUAGUGAGCGCCGAUAUGCUAACAGAGGCCAGGCCUAGCAUGAACCGACAGUGCUGCAGCUAACAAAAUAUUAUUUUAACUCUUAUUCAAACAUCUGUAUGUUUUAUGGACCUUUCUAUCGUGUUCUUCCAGUUGUUGUUAAAUUUCCAAAUUGUGUUUUUUACAUGCAUUUCGCAAUAUUUGACAUUCGCUAUGUCAAUAAGUUAUGUGCUGACCCCCAACACUCUUGUUCGAUCGUCAUCAUAAAUAUGUGCGCUCAAUCCGACAAUACUUGUGUUCGUUGUUCUGGUUAGGUUUAUUACAUUAUUAUAGUGAUUAUUAUAAUAGAAAUGGAAGAAAAGAUCAAACUAUUAAUAAAUAACACCACAAACUUGAUUUUAUAAAGAAAAAAUACAUUAUCACUUUGUAAAAUGUGCGCAGUCAGACAUUUUUUACAGUAAUAUUUGAUCAAUGAUGUCGUCAUCAGGGGCAAAAAUCAUUCCUAAAAUCGAAAAAUCAACAUUCGUAAAAUGGACGUUUUACUGUACUUGCUUGUAGGCUUACCAACUUAUAGUGGAGAGGAGCAGCUGUGGUCUAAAGCACAGAGGCCUGUUGGCAUACUGCACUCAAAAACUGGCAUGUUUUUAUUAAUAUUUUAGAGUAUACCUGUAUAGUAGUGGGCCAAGGCUAACUAUUUUAUCAUAUAUUUAGCCAACCUAAAACUCUGUCCUCACUAUAACAUUUUAUGUGACAAAUUUAUGCAGAGUUCUCAAGUACUACGGAACUUCCGUAGUUAGUAUGGAAAUUUUGCCUAAUUACGGAUGUACGGAAAUAUACAAAAAUACUAUGGAAAUUUAUCAUAGACCUAGACUUUUACAUCAGGACAGUUACAUUGCCCUUAGACAACUCGUACUCAGAUUAUUGAUGAACUAUGUGAAAAAUUAGAAAAGUGGCCUGUAAAUCAUAUCCUGUUCCUUUUUUUAAAAAUUCCACACCUGUUAUAAUACUGUACCUGUGACCUCUGAAUACCGGAUUCUUUUGUAGUGCAAACCCUUGAAUACCGGAUUCUUUUGUAGUGCAAACCCUUGAAUACCG